GGAAUAAGAAGUAAACAAAGUGACGAAGUGUUUGUGUUUAUAUUAUGUGGCUGUGUACCAGGUAGUAUGAACAUUGGAUUUAGGGCUCCUGUAAGAUGUCACAGUCAACUAGCUUUCAGAAAAAAGGGAAGACGAAGGUGCCCCCAAUUCAGGGAACUAAACCAUCUAUACACAAUGCACAGUUGCUAAUAUCCUCUGGUGUUCCCUCUUUGGACUAUGUGUUAGGUGGAGGUAUACCUGUUGGCACAGUGAUGUUGGUGGAAGAGGACAAAUAUGGAACAUUUUCAAAAUUCAUUAUGAAGUACUUCUUAGCUGAAGGAGUUGUGUGUGGCCACUCUGUUGUUGCAGCCUCACAAGACGUUGAUCCGGAAGCAGUGGUAGCCGAAUUACCAGCAAUAGUACAGGAAGAUGACAGCGAACCUCCAAAUUGUGCCACUGCAGAUGAGAAAAUGAAAAUUGCAUGGCGUUAUCAGAACAUAAAACCGGAUGUACCAUCACAGUCAAGAACAAGUUUUGGUCACUAUUACGACUUGACCCGAACAAUGGAUUUGGAAACAAUUAAAACGGCAAAUAUUUUUUAUUGGCAUGGGAGUCAAAGUCAGCCUACAGAAUCCAGUGGUCACUUUGCUGAAGCUGGCUAUGGGCAACUGCUUCAAUUUAUCCGUGACCAUGUUGAAGGAGGAGGGUUCUCUGUACAUGUAAAUCCUGAACAUCGAAAUAUUUUAAGGGUGGGUGUGACUAGCAUGGGUUCUCCGCUGUGGGGGCCUGUGGAAGAUAUCAAAGACUUAUGCCACUUUCUGUAUUGCCUUCGUUCACUUAUCCGUUCUGCAUUUGGUGUCUGCUUAUUGACACUGCCGUGGCAUCUGUUUGAGCCAGUGCCUGGUGCAGUGGAGAGAUUUGAACAUUUGGUGGACUAUGUAGUUAGACUGGAGGCUUGGGAAGGUGAUGUUCUACCUGCUCUCCGUGAUUACAAUGGCUUACUUCACCUUCGUAAGCUUCCAGCCAUCAAUACACUUGCUCCGCAUAUACCUGAAAGCUUGGACCUUGCCUUCCGUUUACGGCGUAAGAAGUUUGUGAUACAGAAACUACACCUUCCACCAGAACUUCAAGAGUCAACUGAGAGAGAGCAAGAUGAACUAAUAGGUCCUUCAGGGAGCAGGUUGCCAUGUGGAAAAGCCUUAGACUUCUGAUGUGGCAAACAGAGAAGACAUCAGAUUGAAGAAAUUGCAUUUGAUUCACUGUCACUUGUAAGAAAGGAAAUGGCUGUUGAAAUGGUUUCCUUGUUGUAAAAUUUAAGGAUAUUGAAAACUACAAUUCCUGUGCUUAAAGGAAACAUGAAAAAAAGUGGUGCUGUUGUAGUUGUGUGGACUCUGUAUUCAUUGGAAUAUUGAAAUGUGUCAUUGUAUAAUGUGGUUCAUAACUGUGUUACGUGUGUGUGUUUCUAAUGAAACAAGUAAAAAGUGUGACUGAAGAAUCUCAUAGACUGUAGAAGACAUGAGAACUACUACCAUUGGAAAAAAAAAUGAUUUUGAGCUAAAA